AAUGAAGAAGAUGAGCAACAUUUAUGAGUCAGCUGCCAACACGCUGGGAAUUUUUAACAGCCCCUGCCUGACCAAAGUUGAGCUGCGUGUGGCAUGCAAAGGCAUUUCUGAUAGAGAUGCCCUUUCCAAGCCAGACCCCUGUGUCAUCCUCAAGAUGCAGUCCCAUGGGCAGUGGUUUGAGGUUGACAGAACAGAGGUGAUUCGCACCUGCAUAAACCCAGUGUACUCAAAGCUGUUUACUGUGGACUUCUACUUUGAAGAGGUGCAGCGCCUGCGGUUUGAAGUCCACGACAUCAGCAGCAACCACAAUGGGCUGAAGGAGGCCGACUUCCUGGGAGGCAUGGAGUGCACGCUAGGCCAGAUUGUUUCCCAGAGAAAGCUGUCCAAAUCCUUGCUGAAGCACGGGAACACGGCGGGGAAAUCCUCCAUCACGGUGAUUGCAGAAGAAUUAUCUGGCAAUGAUGACUAUGUUGAACUUGCAUUCAAUGCACGGAAAUUGGAUGACAAGGAUUUCUUCAGUAAGUCUGACCCAUUUCUGGAAAUUUUUCGCAUGAAUGAUGAUGCAACUCAGCAGCUCGUGCACCGAACUGAGGUUGUGAUGAAUAACUUAAGCCCAGCCUGGAAAUCAUUCAAAGUAUCUGUAAAUUCUCUAUGCAGUGGAGACCCAGACCGCCGGCUGAAGUGCAUAGUAUGGGACUGGGACUCCAAUGGCAAGCAUGACUUCAUUGGAGAAUUCACCUCGACAUUCAAGGAGAUGAGAGGAGCAAUGGAAGGGAAACAGGUGCAGUGGGAAUGCAUCAACCCCAAGUACAAAGCCAAGAAAAAGAAUUACAAGAACUCAGGCAUUGUGAUUCUGAAUCAGUGCAAGAUUCACAAGAUGCACUCUUUCUUGGACUACAUCAUGGGUGGCUGCCAAAUCCAGUUUACAGUAGCUAUAGAUUUCACUGCCUCAAAUGGGGACCCCAGAAACAGCUGUUCCCUGCACUACAUCCACCCUUACCAACCCAAUGAGUACCUGAAGGCCUUGGUAGCUGUGGGGGAGAUUUGCCAAGACUAUGACAGUGACAAAAUGUUCCCAGCCUUUGGGUUUGGUGCCAGGAUACCCCCAGAGUACACGGUCUCCCAUGACUUUGCAAUCAACUUUAAUGAAGACAACCCAGAAUGUGCAGGAAUUCAAGGAGUUGUGGAAGCCUAUCAGAACUGUCUUCCUAAGCUCCAACUCUAUGGUCCCACCAACAUCGCCCCCAUCAUUCAGAAGGUUGCCAAGUCAGCAUCAGAGGAGACUAAUACCAAGGAGGCAUCGCAAUACUUCAUCCUGCUGAUCCUGACAGACGGUGUCAUCACAGACAUGGCUGAUACCCGGGAGGCCAUUGUCCACGCAUCCCACCUCCCCAUGUCGGUCAUCAUCGUGGGAGUGGGGAACGCUGACUUCAGUGACAUGCAGAUGCUGGAUGGCGAUGAUGGGAUUCUGAGGUCACCCAAGGGAGAGCCCGUUCUUCGAGACAUCGUCCAAUUCGUGCCCUUCAGGAACUUCAAACACGCAUCUCCAGCUGCCCUGGCAAAGAGUGUGUUGGCUGAAGUCCCAAAUCAAGUUGUGGACUAUUACAACGGCAAAGGGAUUAAACCAAAAUGUUCAUCAGAAAUGUAUGAGCCUUCCAGGACACUAGCACCAUGA